AUGCUAGUGGUGGAAGGGUUAGUAGAUCGUCGGGAGGUUCGAGUUCUUGGAGGAAGAGGGGGAGAUGGUUGCAUUUCAUUCUUGAGCCUGUUUGCAAAUGAAAAAGCUGGGCCAGAUGGAGGUGAUGGGGGGAACGGAGGCCAUGUUGUCUUCAUUGCAUCCAGAGAUGUAUCAUCCUUGAACCAUAUCAGUGGAGUUCUUCGUGGGAAGGAAGGAGAGAAAGGAUCAUCAAGUGACUGUCAUGGUCAAAGUGCCUCUCACACCUUUGUCAAGGUUCCUGUUGGGACAGUGGUAAAGGAGAAGACUGGACAGGUGGUAGGAGACUUAGAGAAAGAGGGAACCAUGUACAUCGCCUCUAGGGGUGGAAGUGGUGGCAAAGGAAAUCAUUACUUUGUUGAAGAUACUCUUCAGGUUCCACGGUUUGCACAAUGUGGGGCAGAAGGUGAAAUUCGUUCCCUUGUCCUGGAACUCAAAGUCAUAGCUCAAGUUGGACUGGUGGGAUUUCCAAAUGCAGGGAAGUCAUCACUGCUUCGUUGCAUCUCACGUGCAAGACCCAAGGUUGCUCCCUAUCCGUUUACAACCCUAGGCCCACACAUUGGGGUUCUUGAAUUUUCUGACUAUUCUCGAAUAACAGUGGCAGAUCUCCCUGGUCUCAUCGAAGGAGCUCACAAAAACCGAGGAUUGGGACAUGAUUUCCUGCGACACGUUGAACGAUGCCAUUGCCUCCUUUUCAUUUUGGAUUUAGGAUGUUUGGAUCCCUGUCCUUUGGAUCAGCUUCACAUUCUCAAAAAAGAACUUCAACUCCAUGAUUCAAAUCUCAUGAGGAAAACUCAAAUUGUGGCUGCCAACAAAAUUGACCUACCUGGGGCUUUGUUUUGCCCUGACAUAUUACAUCUUCAUAUUUUAUUUCCUCAGGAGGAAUUUGCAGAGCUCAGGAAAGAGCUGGGUGAUGAUUACAUGCUGUUUGGAGUGUCAGCAUUGGAGGGAACAAAUAUUUCUGUGUUGGCAUACCUGAACAACAGAGACAAGACGUUCAAGUCCCAUGCCACAAUCAAUGUGCUUCUUGGGCAAGGGACGGAGGAUCCCAUUCUCUUCUCGAUUGAAUUGGAUGAAAACAAGAUUCCAGAUUUCCAAGACAUUGGGAUCAUCCAUAUUCACCAAAUGAGAUGCAUCUCGGUUCCCAAUCCG